ACGAUUGCAGCGCAUGUUUUGUGAAAAAAAAAGGUUGUAUUGGAAUGCGUUGUGUGUGUGUGUGGGGAGAGGGGUGGAAAUUAAUCAGAUAAAAAAGAUAAUUUGUCACCAUGGCUGGGGUAAAACAAGAUAUGCCACCACCUGGUGGAUAUGCUGCUGUCAACUGGACUCGUGUUCCUGCCAAGAAGUUCUUCACAGGUUAUCAGAUGAUUGCUGGCUACCUUGGACUGUUCGCAUUCGGUUUUUGGCUCACACAUCGGAUGCACAAGGUGUUCAAGAAUAGAAAAAUUGAGCAGCGCAGCAGUCACAAUGCAAUCUUCCCCAUUCUUCUUGCAGAGCGUGACAGGGAGUACCUGAAGCAGCUGAGCCGGAACCGGGAGGAGGAGGCGCGCCUGAUGAAGGACGUGCCCGGCUGGAAGGUGGGCCAGCUGUACGACCUGCCCAUCUACGAGCGGCCCAACCGCGGCUUCACCGACCCCGAGAUCUGCGAGUUCUACGCGCACGCCGAUCCCAAGUACCUGUGGCAGCGCAUGGAGUACGGCAUGUUCAAGUAGGAGGCGCCCGCGAGAUCCUAGGGCGCACCGCGACACGGGACGGGCAGUGUCGGCGGGCCGGCCGUGACGAUAGGGGCCGCAGUCAGGUACACUACCGUCGGUUCAUAGACGGGGUACGGGACCUGCCGUCGCUUAGUCGCGGUUCCAGGUCGAACGUUUAGGUACCUUUUUUGGUGGAGUGUUGCUCUGUGCUGUACAGUGAAUAGUGAAUCGCAUUGGGAAUGAUUGUGGCGUGUGACGCGUCCUCUGUGACUACCGGUGUGCUAACAUGGAUAAUAAAUGAUGCGUGGACUGGCUUUUUGCCUAG